AUGGCUAUUCCUGAUUUUCCUGACGAGUUUCCCUGCUUGAAGAGUACACUGAAGCGACUGCACGACUUUUACUACGAACGCGUUGCUGGCGCCCCGGACAACUCGCUUGACUCGGGUUUCUUUGAGGGCGAUCCGUCGGAUGAAGCUGAAAGCGACCUGGGUGACGAAAACGAAGAAGAAGGUGAACACGUUCUCGCAGACGACACGUUGGAGAGUGAGCCGGCGACUGAAGCUGAAGAAGGAGAAAUCGACGCGAUUCCGGAGACCGAAGCCGAAGAGGAAUUGGACGACACUCUCCUGGUAGGAGACAUUGACUUGGACGAGUACCUGAACGGCACUGAGCCUGUGGACACUGUCGAAGGCGGCAACAAACGGAAGCAUUCGGACGACGACGACGACAACGACACCGAGGAACCGCCUGCCAAGAAGCAAGAGACUGAGAUGAACACGCAAAACUAA